AUGGUCGACGUCCAAACACCCGUGGCUUCCACGCCUGAGCAAGCCGAGAGCUCGCGCGAGGGUCUGCGCCGCAUGCAGCGCUUAAGCGAGGCUGCGCGAGUCAAAGUGAAUCCCCACGUUGGCACCUUCCAUCCCUCUACCUCGGCGCUCGUGUACCCGCCCACGUCGUCGCGACGACACCACGUCGUGACCUCGGUUUUUGGAAACGUCCAGCCUCGCGCAGUCCCCAUGAGUCGGUUCUUCCAGGCUGCCUCGGCCAUCGAGAUAUCGCCCGACGGCGCGUGGAUGACAGCUGUCCACGCGAGUGGACCAACGAUGCGGCCAGAAAUCAGCGAGGGUGGCCGCGUUGUCGUCUACAGCUCCUCCGUUCUUGACCCCUCAACUACCCUUGGAUCGUUCAUGCCGAUGUGCAACUUCCCCCUCUCGUCCUCCUUCUUGGACAUGAUGUACGUCUAUCCUCCUCGCACGCGCCUCGGGCCAGGUGGUGCCGAGGCUGCACCUGCCCUCGGGCCCGUUCCCCCGGCGGGACAUAGCGCCGCGAAGAGCCGCGGACCGACAUUGGUUGUCCUCACCAGCGAGCUCGUGUACCUCUUCCAUCCGCAUCCGCUACCGGGGAACGUCACGCUCGACACCCAAUCAUCCCACUCCAUCCCCACCGGCAGCGUCAGUGCCACUGGCAGCGGUGCUACAGCACCUCUCAACUGGACCAUCAACGCCCUUCGAUGCUCUCUCGGCGCGCGUAGCUAUGCCGACAUCGCCAACCCUGGCCCAACGACCAGCAGCUACCGCGCGCAACGUGGAUGGAUCGGUAUGGUCGGCGGCAGCGAUGGCGUGUGGGCCGCGGUGGAGCGUAACGGCGAGCUCAGCAUCAUCCGGAUCGACAUCGGCCUUGACGCGAACAACAUUCCCUUCCUGGCUACGACGCCGCUGCCGGCGCUCCCCAGGCUUCGGCCGCCACCGUUUGCUGAGACGACGGUCGUGCCCGACGCGUUCCUAGAGCACGUCGUCUUCGUGCCCCUCAAGGACGGGACUGCGAAUGGGAGUGUCGAUUCUGGGCCGUCUGACCCUGGCGUCACUGUGGUGCGGGUCUAUCGCGACGCAGACUGCUCAGGGGCACCGAACUCGCCGCCGCGCCUGCGCACGCGCUUUGAGCAGUGCGAGUUGCGACACCGCGCAGUGACGCUCGCCGAGGGGUUCAAAGACCUCGGCCCAGCAACGGACGCGGCGACGCCAUUAGAUUGGGUUCCGUCGCAUGCGCGGACGGCCUCCAUCUCCCCAGAGGGCACGACUUUGCUCGCGCUGGCGCCGCUACCAGACGUGCCGCCCCACACCCUCGCACUCGCACUCGUCAGCUCCGGCUCGGGGCUGGUGCUGACGCAUGUCAACCUCGUCCCGCCUUCCGAGGGUGACACUGACGGCACAGGCCCGCCACGAUGGCACGCACUGACGGGCGAAGAGCGGGUUGUGGAACCCGCCGCCGCUUUCGGGCCCACGGGCGAGAUAAGCCUCGCCCCGAGCCAAGGUACGCGGCGCGGCGAAAUGGGCCUUGUUGGCGUCUUCUCCUCCUCUACGCCGCGGUUAGUGCCGAGUCCUCGUCUCGGCACUCCUGCCAGCCCAAGCGAGUCGCUCAAAGCGACGGCGAAACGCGCUGCGCGUUCCGUCGAACUCGCUGUCGUUCAGGGCGUGGACUGGAGCGAUGCUGUGCGCGCCGCCUUUGCGAUCGUGGCUGCGCACGAGGGACCGGAGCUCGCGGCCGCGAUCCUCGAGCAGGCUUUAAGCACGUUCAUCAAGCACUCGCGGUCCUAUGUCCCCCACAUUCUCCGCCUGCAGGUGGCUGUUUGGGCGCUCACCGAUGACCCGCGACGCGAGCUGUCCUCCGAGCUUCUGCGCAUCGCCGAGGCGAGCCAGGCAUUCUACCUCUGCGGCGAGGAGAGGGAUGGCGCGGUGGCGUUCGACCUAGACUCGGUGUGGAACCUGGUCGACAUAUACGAGUGGGGCCUGAGCGUGCUGGGCCAGACGAUGCGGGAUGCGGUCGCCGAGCGCGCGUACAGCGAGUGGGCGCCGACCGAGCCGCGCACCGAGGGCUCUUCGCGGUUACUGUACAUCGCCAACCCUCUCCUUCGGCGCAUACUAGCGCAUUUCAUUGCACUGCUCGACGCCUUUGCCAAGUUCACCACGUCGUUGGACCGCCCCAUCCGUGCGCCCGAAUCGAGUCAGGGGAUGGGCCGGAGCGCACAGGCGACCUCGGUUGCCGCCUCGCGCGUCCUCGAUGCGGGGGCGCGCGAGGGCGUAGACCUCAAGGCAUGGGCCGACUUCCUCUCGACAGUCGGCAAGGGUCCGCGCCCCUCCGAUGCGGACACGUGCGCCUCCCUCCUCUGCCUCGACGUCGGCCCGAUUGCGUCGCUCCUGCCCACUGCGCUGUCGUCCAUGCCGACGUCUUCAGCAUUAUUCGCGCCCGCCGCCGCCGCCGAGCCCAUCCCGCGCGACGGCGCGACGUGUGCGGCGCUCGGCGAGCGGCCGACCGCCGUAUGUGAUCGUUGUGGCGCGCGGACGGUCCUGAUCGCCAACAACGUUAUGCGCGGGGGAUUGCCGUCGCCAUGGGCGGCGUGGAGGCGGACUUGGAUGGCGGGUUGUAUGUGUGGCGGCAGCUGGAUGCGGCAGCACUUGGAUGCGCCGGCCGGCCUGCGGGCGAGGUAA